AUGUUUGGAGCUGUCUCGAACCCAAACCAGGGAAGCCUAUUCGGCAACAAUGCGAAUAAGCCCAGUGCCUUUGGAGGCUUGGGCCCAAGCACAAACCCCGCUGCCCCGGCUUCUGGUGGAGGAUUAUUCGGUCAGCCACAGAACCAGACUCAGCAGGCCUCGACAGGGGGACUUUUCGGCAAUACGACAACAUCCCAGCCACAACAGCAGACAGGGGGCUUAUUCGGCUCGACUACUGCUCAGAAGCCGGCGGGUGGCUUGUUUGGUGGUGGCCUAGGGCAGCAACCGCAGCAACAGCAACAGCCCCAGCAAACUGGAGGCCUGUUUGGCACUGCGCCAAAGCCCGCUGGUAGUCUUUUUGGUGGUGGCUUGGGGCAGUCAACACAAGCACAGCAACCUGCAUCCAGCGGGGGACUUUUCAGUGGUGGUCUUGGUGCCAGCACACAGCAACAACAGCCCCAGCAACAACAGAGCAACCUCUUCGGUGGAUCGCUGCUCGGUGGACAGCAACAACAGGGACAGCAGCCUCAGCAAUCACAAUUUGGACAAACUACCAUGGUACAGCCACAGGGACAACAGCAAGAGCAAUCGCUUUCGUCGAGUUUGUGGUCUCCUGGUCGUGCAAUUACAGGAGUUCACCGGACUGUGCCUAUGCAAAUGUCUAUUGUCAAGGACAAGUGGGAUGCUCCUAACCGCGAUUCCCCGUUCCGAGCCUACCUCUACAACAGUGUCGGAGAAGAGGCUGCGCCAUUUUAUCAACCUGGUCCCGAAGAUGAUGCGACCAAGUGGGAGGAGGCUCUGCGUCAGCGCCCAGAUUCAAGUUAUGUCCCAGUUCUUGUCAAGGGCUUUUGGGAGCUUGGCAAGCGUGCACAGCGACAGAAGGAUUUCCUCUGCAUGAUGCAGUCACGCCUUCACGAAAUCAACACCUGCUUGACCGACCUUCUCUCGCGCCAUGAUCUUAAAAUUUCCCUCAAGAUUGCAGACUGUCGGCGAAAGCACAUGGUUCUUAGCAAGCGUUGUCUUGCCUUAGCGGCCAAGACCCAGGUGUUGCGCAACCGAGGCUAUGCAAUGGAUGAGGCGGAAGAGGAAUUGAAGAAAAAGCUGGCUACCCUUGAACGCUCAGUCUUUGAUCCAUCUCUGAAUGGCCGAGGCGAGGAGAUCUGGGCCCGCAUGCUAGCUAUUCAUGAGCAAGGCAAGCGCCUGCAGGCAGAAAUUGACCGUGCCGGAGGUAGUGCGGCGUUGAACUCCGAAGAUGAGAUUGAUGAGCAGACCAUGAAGACAGCCAAGAAGAUUCUCGAUGAUUACCAUGCGCAGAUUCAGCAUCUGCAGAAGGAAUUGACAUCGGUCAAGAAGGAGUUUGAAGACGCCCAGAAAGUGAACGGGAACUAA